UUGGGUGAGGGGUGAGGCUCAGGAAGAAGAGAAGGGGAAUUGGGGCGGUUGAUGGGAUUAUAAUUUCUUUAAAAGGAGGGGAGGUGAGAUGCCAUGGCUGUCCCAGCCAAGAAGAGGAAGAUGAACUUCUCUGAGCGGGAGGUGGAGAUCAUCGUGGAGGAGCUGGAGCUCAAGAAGCACCUGCUGGUGAACCACUUCAACGCCGGAGUCCCUCUGGCUGCCAAGAGCGCGGCCUGGCAAGGCAUCCUGAGAAGGGUCAACGCCGUGGCCACCUGCCGCAGGGAGCUGCCCGAGGUCAAGAAGAAGUGGUCGGACCUCAAGACCGAGGUCCGUCGCAAGGUUGCCCAGGUCCGGGCUGCCGUGGAGGGUGGCGAGGCCCCGGGGCCCACUGAGGAGGAUGGAACCGGUGGGUCUGCGAUAGGUGGUGGCAGCGGCAGCGGUGGCCCAGCUGUAGCUCCUGUGCUGCUGACCCCCAUGCAGCAACGCAUCUGCAACCUGCUAGGUGAGGCCACCAUCAUCAGCCUGCCCACUGCCACAGAGAUCCACCCCGUGACCCUCGGACCUACGGCCACUGCAGCCGCAGCCACGGUCACCCUGACACAGAUCCCCACAGAGACCACCUAUCACACGCUGGAGGAGGGAGUGGUGGAGUACUGCACGGCUGAGGCCCCCCCACCCCUGCCAACCGAGGCCCCUGUGGAGAUGAUGGCCCAGCCCACAGACACCUCGGUCAAGCCACAGGCGCUCAAGAGCCGCAUCGCCCUGAACUCCGCCAAGCUGAUACAGGAGCAGCGGGUCACUAAUCUGCAUGUGAAGGAGAUCGCUCAGCACCUGGAACAGCAGAAUGACCUGCUGCAGAUGAUCCGCCGCUCACAGGAGGUGCAGGCCUGUGCCCAGGAGCGCCAGGCCCAGGCCAUGGAGGGCACCCAGGCAGCCCUGAGUGUCCUCAUCCAGGUUCUCCGGCCCAUGAUCAAAGAUUUCCGCCGCUACCUGCAGAGCAACACACCCACCCCAGCCCCCACCUCUGACCCUGGACAGGUGGCCCAAAAUGGGCAGCCAGACAGCAUCAUCCAGUGAGGGCAGGAGUCAAGCCAACCUUCUGCCAUGAUUGGAUGAAACCUCUAUGGUCUUGUAAGUGGGUUCUGUGAUUGGCCUUAGGCCGACCAAGUGGACAGCUCCCGCUUUGAUAGACAUUUAGGGGUCCACUGUUUCUGAGAAAUGGAGACUGGGAAGAGGAACUUGUUGGGGUCCUGGGACCCAAACUCUCUUACUCUCACCACUUGAGCUGCCAUGUUAAGAUCCGGAAGAUUGGUUAAGUGGGGGUCGUGUGUACUAGUGACAGGACACAUGUAAUCAUGAGCUGGGGCUUGUGAUAUGACCCAGACUCUGGAAGGAACUGUAAUGAACAACGGGCUCUCACUGGGGCCAUCUCACGGCCCGGGAUCUGUAGUGAGUUUUCCACCCCAGGUGCCAACCUUUUGAGUAAGAGAACAUCAGCACAGUAAGGCAAUAAUGUCUUCCUCCUUUGAGAGGCAGUGGGAUGAGCCUGGGGACGAAGCCCCACCCUUUUCUCCUUCUUGCUGUGCUUCUGCUCUUGGGGGACCCUCAUUAUUGCUGUGCUCUCCACCCCACCCCAGGCACAGCAGGGGCCCUUGUUAGUGCCCUGAGAUGCCUCUGCAAUAAACCCAGUAUGCAGCCAACCUGGCUCAGGAAUGCUCUGUGUGGUGAGGAUGGUUUGGUCACUCUCUGGGCUUCCACAGCAUCUCUGGGCAGUCCUUUGGUGGUUUGCCCCUAGAGCUUUGGACUCCGGUCAGGCUUUGGGUGCUGUUAAUUUUAGAGAAAGCAAACCAGUGUGGAAGCUUGUCCCACUGCAGUGGGCCUAAGGUGACCUGUUGGCUUUUUCCAGAAGGCUUGCUUCAAGCCAGGUGUAGUUAUUCUGUAUGCGAACCCCUCCAGGAAAGGCCUCCUGCUUAGAGUCACACCCUGGACUCUUCUUGCCGCAUUAUUUAGUGCCUCGGAUUCUUGUGAGACUUCCUCUGACUGGCUAAGUAAAUCUGAAGCCAUGAUUGACCCUGAAUGUAUGAGGUGGGAGAGGCAAAGCUGGCCGAAGAAGUGGGACCCUUUGAAUUCUGUGCUGGGGAAGAGCGGACAGAGCCUUGGAGUACUGAAGGAGGUGCUCUUCCCUGUUCUGUCUUUACGUGUUCUCCCCUGGGACGUUUGUAGGGAUUUUACCCAGAUGGUAUUUGUCUGUUUCAUUUCAGACUUGCCAUGAUGACCGAGGCUCUUGCAUCUGUUCAGAUCGUUUCCCAAGUUUGCCGUUUUAUUGCCGGUGCCUUGGCCACAUGUGACCGAUGGUUACAACUCGAGGCUCCAGAACUCAGCAAACAAGUGAAGAUGCUGCCCUUCUGGCAUGUACAUUAAAAAUUGCUGAGCUCCACUACUGCGAUCACAGGAAGAUGCCCCCGAAGCUGGUGGGGAAGUGACCACCAUACCAUCAACAUCUUGGUGGAGGAGGCAUGUGCACGGUGCCAGCCUCAGAUAGGUGGGGAGGGAUCAGGCCCAGCAGGGGAGUUGGGUGGUGGAAGGAAAGCAGCAGCCUCUGGCAGCUUGGGCAUCCUCACUGUGGAGCCCAAAGGCCCCAGCAGGUAGCUGCAGGGACUCCCUAAGGAUUUGCAACUUGGUUUGGUUUGAUUUCUCUCUGGGGUUGGAAAUCUGAGGCAAUAUUGUGUCUGUUCCAUUUGGUUAUAAAGAGGAAG